AUCAGCAGAUCAACCAACCAAUCUCCGAUCACCCACCUGAGCUCACACGGACAAACGGCAGCACACGAACACGUCGUCGCGAGGGAAGACAUGGGCUCCUGCGUCUCGCGCUCGCCGGCGUCUGGGUCAUCGACGGCGUCUGGGCGGGCGGUGGCCACGGCGAAGGUGGUCGGCCUGGACGGCUCCAUGACGCAGUACGCGGCGCCAGUCACGGCGCGUGAUGCACUGGGGGACAAGAGCCGCCAAGGCGCGUCGGUCUUCCUGUGCAGCUCCGACGAGCUCCGCUUCGACGCGCCCCCGCGCGCGCUAGCGGACGAGGAGGCGCUGCAGCCGGGGUGGCUCUACUUCGUGCUCCCCGUCUCCAUGCUCCGCCUCGCGCUCUCGGGGCACGAGAUGGCCGCCCUCGCCGUCAGGGCCAGCUCCGCGCUCGCCAUCGUCAGCGGCGUUGCGUCUCCUCCGAGGCGCAAGAAUAUGACAGGCACCAACGGAAAGCAACGAAAAACGGCUCGAGUGGCGCCGCUCAUUGUUGCCACCAACAACGAUGAGGACGCCGAACUAGCAGACAGUGGAUCGAGUCUGCACGCAUACGGCAAAUACGGUGCAGCGCAAAAGACGGCGGGGAAGACGAGGAAGAGAGCAGGCUACAGAAGCCGCGGCGCUCGUCAUCGUCGUCGUGCAGCAGAUGUGUCAAGAUUAAGCGCCAUUCUAGAAGACGAUGACUUCUGAGCAGCCCCCGAUCAUUGCGACUAGUUAGCUAGUUUAGAUAGUUUAUUCAGUCGACCGUUGAAUCCCUCUUCAGAGUAGGAGAUCCGUCUAUAUCACUCGAUCAUACUGUAGAGUGCUACCUUGUACAGGAUGCUUUGAUUCUUUGAUCUGUGUACAUCGAA